CCGCCGCCGGCCCCGCGCUGCCCGCUCCCGGCCGCGGCAUGAUCUCCUGAGCGGGCCGAGCCUGCCGCGCCCCGCGCCCGCCCCGCCGAGGAGAGCUGAGGCUCUAAAGUGCUGGAGGACUCCGCAUCUUCCUCAGGGACAGGGACAACGGUGAGCUGGAGGCUCUGGGGAGCUUGGAAAGGAACUGCCUGUGGUGGCCGCCUGAGGAACUCACUGUCACACCAAUGUUGCUCUGAAACGAGUUGUGUCCAGCAUUCAGAACUAUCAGGUUUGGCAAGAAUUGAGUGUGAAAAGUGAUGCUCACUGCCACUGCAGCUUUGAGGACCUUCCCAAGUGUUACCAUGUUUGUGACUGAAAUGCCUCAGGAACAGUACGCACAAAGGAGCACCAUGCAGACUUCAGAAGGACCCCAGGUAUACAAAGUGGGAAUUUAUGGCUGGAGGAAGAGAUGCCUCUAUUUCUUUGUGCUGCUCCUAAUGAUUUUAAUCCUGGUGAACCUUGCUAUGACCAUCUGGAUUCUGAAGGUCAUGAACUUCACAAUUGAUGGAAUGGGGAACCUGAGAAUCACUGACAAGGGCCUAAAGCUGGAAGGAGAUUCAGAAUUCUUGAAACCUCUCUACGCCAAAGAAAUCCGUUCGAGACCAGGCAACCCACUGUACUUCCAGUCUGCCAGAAAUGUUACAGUGAACAUCCUCAAUGACAAGACUAAAGUCCUAACUCGUCUUGUAACAGGUCCCCAAGCAGUGGAAGCACACAGCCAAAAAUUUGAGGUGAAAACCCUCUCCGGAAAAUUGCUGUUUUCUGCAGAUGACAACGAAGUGGUAGUUGGAGCAGAAAGGUUGAGAGUUUUAGGAGCAGAAGGCACAGUGUUCCCUAAAUCUAUAGAAACUCCCAAUGUCAGGGCAGACCCCUUCAAGGAACUAAGACUUGAGUCACCUACGCGCGCAUUGGUGAUGGAGGCUCCAAAAGGCAUCGAGAUCAACGCCGAGGCUGGCAGCUUGAAGGCUACAUGCAGGACAGAGCUCAGGCUGGAAUCCAAAGAUGGAGAGAUAACGUUGAAUUCUGCAAAAAUCAAACUACCUAACUUGCCUCAAGGAUCUUCCUCUUCUGCAGGGUCCAGGCAAAAAAUCUACGAGCUCUGUGUGUGUCCCAAUGGGAGGUUAUUUUUGUCACAGGCAGGCACUAGCUCGACCUGCCAGAUAAAUACAAGUGUCUGCCUUUGAGAGACAAUUUGCAGUGGGGCAUCACAGGCAGCACAAAAGCCAAUUCUGGUCUCACAGAUUGCAGCUGCCAACUAUUUUUACUAGAACACAGAAAGCCUAUCAAAGACUUUUUUUGUGUGUGCGCGCGUGUGUGUGAAUAUAUAUAUAAAAUAUAUAUAUAAAAUAUAUAUAUAUAUAUAUCCUCUGUGUAAAAUGAUGUUUCAGUACAAGGAAUCCCAGGGUGACCCUGUUACAUUUGUGUAGCAUUUUUCUUUCCCACACCAAAAUUUACUGAUACAAUCUGCUGAAUUGGACUUGAUGCUCCCCUGGACCUUUCUGCAUUAAGAUAUUCUGAUGAUCACCCCUCAUUAUUGAUCAUAUUCUCAGAGCAAUGGGAUUGCUGGCUCAUCAGGACCAUGGAACCGGUUUAAACCUAGCAACAUAGAAAGGGGAUAGUAGCAUCUCUGAUUACUUUUGCACCAUUAAAUCAGUGGCUUGAGAAAAACAAAAUAGCCAGACAUGCUGUACUGAUGGCCUAGACUGAUCCAAGAUACCCGAGGUUAGAUUAAACUCCUUAAUUUUCACCUACAGUAGUGCUCCCUGCUGGGAAAAGUGAAUUUCAUUCCCUUGUUCUUCCCAGCCCUUGACCAGGGGAAAAGUCCAGAUCUUCUCUCUGGAAUAAAUGUUAUCUGAAAGGUGUCUAGAUUAGUCUGUGCAUGGCAAAGGAUGUCUUGGGCUAUUUGCAUGGAACACAGUCUGCGAAGGACUGGUAUUUGAGAGUCUCUUAAGGGAGCCCUUUCCACUUCUCAAGUAGGAGUUUUACAAACCAAGGGGAAAUAACAAACACGUGAAGGUCACUGUCACUGGGAGAAAAAUUAAAUCAAAGCCAACUUAAUCAACUUCUCUGAAUUUUAUAUUGAAGAUCUCUGAAGAUAUUAUGCUCUUAUCCAGUAUCAACUGGAACACUAACCUGAAGACCUCUCCACAUUAAGAAAACAUUUUUUUUUGUAUGUUGCAAAUAUCAGAGACGCUGACAGUGAAACUUUUUUUUUUCUUUAGAAUUUAUAAAGAUCAUAACAAUGAUUACUGGAAAGCAAGAGCUUUGGAUGCUGGUUCCUCUAGAACAUUAGCCCCAGAAGUUUUGUGGUUGAAUCUUUUCAUGGGUGCUUUUUUAUAUAAUUAAGUCUAGGAGUCACUUCUGGGCAGGAUAAAACAUGAGAUCUGAUCUGGAAACAUUAUUUCCUCUGUUCAGAUUUUGAAAAAUAAUGAGAAGAGCCCAUAUCAUUGAAUUCUGACCCAUAAUUGUAUAUAAAAAAAUCCCUGAAAAACUAAUGUUAUAAUUAUCUCUAAAAUACCUAGGUCCCAGUAAGUCUCGUGAGAGCAGCAAGGUUUCUAAGUCACUGAGAUGCUUUUGAAAAUAUCACCUCAUGUGCAAAUAUGACCGAUCUGUCCCCGUCCUAAUGAUAUCUAAGAAAAGCUGGCAUUCUUUAAGCAAUUUUCAAGAUAAAAUAUAGCCAGCAGAGAAAUAUUUGGAAAAAAAAUCAGCCAGUUUCUUUUUUACAUAUUUCCUUGUAUUUUCUCGUGAUCUGAAGAGUACCAGUUGUUAUUGUUUCUUUAAAUGAACAAUUCUGACCAAAUCCAAAAGGAGCUGGACUCGAUGGAAAGUUUUCCAUUGACUUUCAUGGACUUUGAGUUAGAUGUUGCUGCCUCACAAAGCAACAACCCUAUAAAAUUUGUACCUGAUGGAGGAUUGGAUAAACUACAUUUAUAUCAGUAAUGUUAUGUCAGAUUAAUUAAUGAAUUCAAACUGUCUGUUAAUUAAUGAUUUCUGUAAUUAUUAUGUCUUGAGUCAAUGUUUGAAUGCAAAGGGUCACCCAGGGUAACAAUUGUAUUGGGACACAGGACUAUACCAUCUCUGUUCAAAGAGGGGAAUUGUGCCUAUGCCUUAAGUCAAUGCACUCAGCAAGGAGAAGCACAUCAUAUUUAUCUUGUUAUUAAAACUAGUUUAUUUGGGGGGAGGGACAGGAGGGUGUUGUCACCAGGUGUCUUGGGAAGUGGUUGUACAACACAAAACAGAUAUUAAUGAAAUGCAUUAAGACUGUAGGGGCACCUAGUGUGAUACAGAUGUUUUUUACCAUGUUAAAUAUAGCAAAAUACUGUGUACAUUACCUCUGGGACCACAACUGAAGUCCCAUUCAUAGUCCUACUUUUGCUGUAGAGUUUUUGCCCUGUGUCAUUUUAUGUGGAUCACAAACCUUAUAGCAAGCAUGACCCGAUUCAUAAACAAAUCCCGUGUGCAGAAGCGUGUGAGCUGUUGGGAAGAAAUGUGCUGCACAAAGAGUCCUCGGUGCAGAGAAGUGGUUGCUUUAACCUUCCCUUCCCUCAGAGUUUUGAUGCUAGAGGGAAACAGUUUUGAGUGCAUGAACUGCCGCAGGAAGGACAGUGCUCCUGCAGUCCAGCGUUGCACCCAAGAGACAGGGCGGCUCAGUCUCCAUCCCCUCACCCUCUGGCUGCUCUGCUGAGGAUUUCUGUUCCAGGAACUGUUUUCAGUGCCCAGUGUUGUCAGCUGGGCUCUUGGAUGAGAUUAUCACCUUCUUAUUUCACGGAGGCCAUGAAACUGCUUGAAGGUGUUCAGCCAUAUACCUUUUUUUUUGUGGAUUUCAAUAGGAAAGCUGUAAGGGAAGAGCCUUAUGUGUCUGUGCCAUCACUGUGAAAGACGAGGUGUUGCAGAAAGAUUCGCUGAGGUGAAUGAAAAGGUACCUUAAAGUCGACAUAAGGGAAUUCCUAAUACUUCAAUGUAUUUUACAAUCCUGUUUCUAUCUUAAAAAGCAUAAAAUGAUAUGCUGUAUCAGAAGACAAGGGUCUGUGUUAGAGAGAUUGAACCCAUAUGGAGACUUGUGAAUCGUUGGAGCCUCACUUCAAUUUUAAGGCUAUGAUUUAGAUGAUACUGCAUGCUCUUGGGUUAGCUACAGGAUUAAUCCCCUGCUGUUCAGCAAGUGACAAACCAGAGCAAACAGGACUGCAUGUCUGAGGUCCCAAGGAAAAAAAAGUAUUUUGUUUAAAAAGUAGCAUACAGAUAUAUCUAGUAUCUCAUGCUUCAUAGCUUGUUGUACAGGGGCCACUGUGGAGACACUGACUCACCUGGGGAAAGACACGUGCAUGAGACUGUCUUCCUCCUGCCUUGUUGGCAGCCCAAUCAGCAGACAUUUAUUAAAGGGGAUGUCUGUGCAGGGCUGCUCUUGCUGAUCACCCAGAUGAUGUGACCCUAGUUAAGUUUAGGUUGCCUAUUCAUUACUCAUAGUUGCUUUACCUGUAUGAGUUGGUUUUCCUUAAGUCUGUUCAAAUUAGAACCUUCCUGGCUGAAAUUUUGUACAUACGCUCUCUCUACCACGCUUAAAAUACCAAAAAUGCACAAAGGUUUGUGUAUUUAUGAAUCAGGCCUGUAAUUUAGUUCAGCCUUUACAAGUAAGGGAGAAUGCAUUUAUUUCAGAUAGGAAUUUCAUUUUACCUCCCAAUGCAAAGGCAAGGCUGAGGUGGAUGAUGAAUUUACUUCUACUGAGAUCGAUGGAAGAGAUGUCAACAGCUUCGCUGCCUGCACUAGAACAGGCUCUUUACAGGUAGAAAUUCAGGGCACUGAUGCUAAUGGAAACCCUGCCACUUAUUUCAGUGGCUGGGGGCUGAACCCUGACUCUGCACUGUGUGCAAUUCUGCAUUGCAGCUAUGUGCAUUAAAAACACAUUGAAAUGCUAAUCAAGCAACUGUGAUACUAAUGUCAAUAUACCUUAGGCAACCAUGAAUACCGCAGUUAAAUGCUUUUGUGUAUUUUAACUCUUAAUUUUAUAGGGCUUUGGGACUUUAUUAAGUUUGCUUUAAAUGCCACACUUUAGUAAGCAGUCAAGAAAAUCACUGGCAGUGCUUACCUGUACACCAGUACCUUAUCCUUGUGCAAUAUAUGACCCUUCUGCUGUAAUAAGUGAGUUAGGGUGUUCUGAUUUGGUUUGGUUUGGCUUGGCUUGGUUUUUAAGCAAAAAGACUUUGCCAUUAGCAAAAGCAGAGAUCCUAAUACUGAUUCUAGAGCUGUAUCUGUUCUCCGAGUUUCUUUCAUUGGUUUUGGCUUUGUACACUUUUUCAAAGUUUAUGUUUCCCAGCAGUCAGUGAAAUGGUUAGCUUGACAGUAUAAAGAAAAUGCUAACAGUAAAGGAAUAAGUGGAAGUGAGCAGCAAUGAAAAUGUGUGUAAGGCCUCUCCUAGGUAUACACCAUUAGAAAACUAAACGUGCAAGAGUGAUUUAUACUUGUUUCGCUCAAUUGUGCUGUCAAACAGCUGCAUUUUGAAAAGGAGGUUUUUUUGCUCCUUUAAUCACAAACACCACAAUAUAUGAAAAGAAAAAAGUUUAAGACAUAAGCCUAAAAAUACCAUCUGUAGUAUAUGGUAUAGCAACAGAAUGAUGUCUAAAUCAAGAAAAAACUCCUUAGAAAUUACUCCAAGGUUAAAGAGAGGUUCUUACGGAUCUCGUGAAGAUGUCAAAUCAGUUAGUGUCAUAUCUAGUUUGGAAUGACAGGCAUCCUUAAAGGAAAUUAGCUUUUGUUGUCAUAAAAUGCAUGCACACACACACAUACACAUAUAUACAUGUUCACAUACACUUGUUUACAAAAAAAAAAAGCCAAUUUCCUUCGUGUGUGUGUGUGUGUGUGUGUGUGUAUUUACUGUUACAGCUUUAAAUUUCACAUUGCAAAGAAGAGUGAGGCAAAGACCAAAGACUUACAGAAAUUCAUCCCUUCCUAGUUGCCCUUGGUUCUGAAAGGCAUUAACUUUAACGGUGCUUUUUAGACCUGGGCAGGAAGAGUACAGGUUUAUUGCAUGGCUGCAUUUGAGAGAGAAAGUGGCAGGAAGAUUUUAAUUUUGUUAAUGAGGAGAAAAGGAAAUAAUGUGAAAUUAUUUAAAUGCAUACGGAAGGUAGGGAUAUCUGGAACUUGAAAGAUGAAGAAAUAUGGUACAGUAUAAGAAUUUUAAAAGAUACUGUCCUAGGCUGAAAGUAUAAAUAAACGGAGUAAGUGUUAUUGGCUGUUCACUUUAUGUUCAAGCAGUAGCAGAUGAGGAACUCUGGCAGGGUUAAUGGAAUUGUGGUGGAUUUAUCAAGAAGAGGCAUGGUGCGCUCAGCUCCAUUUCAGUGGCGACACUAAAAAGACCAGAGAGGCUGCUGUAGUAAGGCUAUCUGAAUCUUUAGUCUUAAGAAUUCAUAAUUACCCUGCUCAGUAUAGAAGCAUAACUGUGUCAUAAUCCUUUCGUUUUUAAACGAAACGUACAGUGGAAACAAAAAAGUUAGAGGCUCUGCUCUUUUAUUUUUAUGGCUGACAUUUUAAAUUUCAAAAUGUCAUCAUCCCGAAUGCGCCUGAGCAAAUGUAGGGAGCAUUUCUGUGAAGCACUAGCAAUCAGUAUAUCAGCACUUUUCGAAUGUGAAAACAGCAGCUUUUUUAUCCUCAUUGUCAUCGUUGUAGAGGCAUGCAAUCACAGUAACAUUUAAGUUUUUCCCACUUUAACCUUUUCAUCAGUUCUAAAACUGCUAUGUAGUAUUUUGGUAGCCAGUAUUCUGCCCACGCACUGGGCCACGUUCAGGUGGCCUGCAUCCUCCAGAUCCCUGAUCCUGGUGUUUCUCAUUCUCUCGUGCUUCUGAAGACCAAAACCAAAGAGUAGGAAACAUGGGGCAAUGGCACAUAAGCAGAAAUUAGGCCUUCUGCAUGGAAGCUGCAGUGUUUUCACAGCUGAUGUAGCCAAGUCUAUGGCUGUGAUUGGAGGAGGGUUAAACACUGAUGUUGCACUGAUUACUGGAUUAUUCAGGCAAGAGUGGUGUGAAUUAAAUAAGACAGAUAGAAAGGAAAGACAAGAAAAGGUAACAAAUAUUGCCCUAAUCACAGCAGUGCCACAAACAUCUUUGCUUACAAUAUUACAUUUUAAAUUAAUAUUGGCCAUUUUCCUAAAUAUGCUAUCAACUAUGCUUGAUUUUGCAUGAUGAAAUUACUGUCACUGAAACCACUUACAGCUUGGGCUGUUUUUUUUAAUAUUGCUAGGGUGUCACUUCCAUCUACAAUAACCACAGUGGCUUGGGGCAUGGAUAGAAAUUAUAGUGAAUGACUUGCAUUUAGAAACUUUUAAAUCUACUGAGGUUGAGAUGCACACACUUAUGCACAUACAGCCCUGAAGCUUUAUCAUUUAAGAGUUUCUUGUCCUGCCACUUGAAUUGUAUUGUGCCCUUGUGAACAGUGACACACUUUCUUUAUACAGGAAAAGAUGGAUAUUUAAAGCUAUAGGAUUUUUAUCUAAAGUGAAGAAGCAAAUGCAAUCAUGGGCUACCACUGAGAUUUCCUAUCCAAGUCACUUUAAACUAGAGAUGCAAGUUGCUUAAAAAUUAAUUUGCUACAAGUGCAAUUCCUGCUGGAAAGCUAUCACUGUUGUCGCUCUGAGGAAAUGUCUCAUCUUAUUACAACCCAAAGUGCUGCAGUGGCUGUGAGUGUCUGUCACAAGCCUGCUGGUAGGUCAGGAGUGGUUUGCUGCCUGGUCAGAAGAAAUGGAAGCUGCUUUGGGGCAACUGAUCACCCUGGAUAGGGUGAGAUUUGUUAAGUUUUUAAUCACUAUUAAAAAUAGGAAGGGUAUGUCCAUUAUGAAACUAUACAUAAAUCUUUGCUUGUCUUGCAUUUAAUUUGUUUAAUUUUUCUGCCAUAGAAUCAUAGAAUUGGUGAGGUUGGAAGGGACCUCUGGAGAUCAUCUAGUCCAACCGCCCUGCUCAGCAGGGUCACCUAGAGCGUGUUAGACAGGGUUGCAGCCAGGCGGGCUUUGAAUAUCGCCAGAGAAGGAGACUCCACAAUCUCUCUGGGCAACCUGGUCCAGUGCUAACAUAUAACAGAAAGUAAAAGAGGGAGAGCUUUGUGCAGAAGCUCUCUGCUACCAAAAGCUUAAGAUAAAGACAUGCAGUCUUAGGGGAAAAAAAAAAAAGACACUUUAGAGCCUUUCAUCAGCUUCUUCCCAAAUGGAAAGUCUCACCAUUUCUAACACAUUUGCUAUUAUAGGAACAGACCCAUUGCAAGGCAUAGGUCGUGUGCAUCUUUGCAUGUAACAGGCAUUUAAAAUUGCAUUGUACUCUCACAUUUUUGCCCCAUUCAAAAGGCUUAACUGCUGAUAAGAGAUAAAGCUUUCUGAAGCCUGCUACUGCUAAAUGCAUUAUCACUUUCUAGAGCAAUGCAGUUUCUUUGGUCUUUUAAAGAUUUCCUCAUAACGGAGUCCUUGAAACAUCUUGAGGCAGGCUCACACUGGAGAGCAAAGGAAUAAUUAUUUGUGGGUGGUUCUAUUUUUAUCAAAGGCUGGAUUAUAGUUGAAAAAAUGUUGCUGUUAGAGUUCCUCCCACACUUAGUUAGCUGCAAACACCACCUCCACCAAUGCUGUAACUAGCUUUCUUACAGGAUAGCUGCCGAUAGAGGAAGGAGUUAGCGUCUUUCACUAAGAAAGAGCAUGCCAAUUAUGUCUUCUUCUGGUCCUCCUCUGGAUUUGUGCAGCUAACAGCUCUUGAUAGCAAUGCUAGUGAUGUAAUGGAUAAUAAAAAACUUUGGCAGUAUUAAUGAUUUGACAGAUUACAUGUUCAUGCAGUCUAAGUGGUAUACGUAACAGUGAUGAUAAGUAUUGGUUGCUGUCCUAACAAGCCACUGAACACCUUGUGAGCAGCAGUAGCAAUGCCAGAAGGUGCAAGGGAAUAGCUCUUGGAGCCACCUGUGCUUCCCACGUGGGAAGGCUGCGAGGUGGGGAUGUCGGUGGGUGGCUUUGCCCUUUCUUCUUAGUCCCUGUCUCAUGGUCUGGCCCUCCGAGCUGGGAACGGGAGCGAGGAGUGAUGCUAGGUUGAGGGCCUAAGCUGGAGCAGUGGUACAGCGAUCUGACUCUGUAGCUGGUGUAAGCCCGCCCUGCCGGAGGGUUUGGCACAGAAGGUUUUGAGCCUCCAGUGCAACUGGAAGGAGGAGUCUGGCUGCCCCGUUGAAAUCCCAGCCGGGCUCUCCUCAGGGUGGCACGAGAACAGGACUUCUCAGGCCUCUGGGCUUUCCCUAAGGAAAAGGGCCUGGGUAAAGACCUGUGGCAAGUCCUGCCGUAGCUGGCAGCUCGGGCUGCUGCCUGACAUGGUGCAGCUCUUCUCCUUGCCACCCCGUCCGGGGCGCUGGAGGCAAGCGCAGCUGGGGCCGGUGCAGGUGGAGCAGGGGCUCCCCAUGCUGGGGCUGGGCUCUGCUGCUCUCUCUGGGUGUUAGAUUGGGGCCAUGCCACUGGCAGCAAGCGGCUGCAAGGUGCUGCUGGAGGGAUUUGCUUUCUUGUGCCCUUUUGUGGGUUAUCGGAGCGAGCACAGGAGGAAGGAUUAACAAAUCCUGCCCUUGCUCAGCAAAGUAAGAGCACACCAGAAGCCUCUUACAGAGCAGAUCUGAGCAAUUACCGUACACUGUGUUUGCUGAAGGCGGGUGCAGUUGAUAGCGUUCACACGUGGAUUUCUUUCUGGAUGAGAGCUUUCCCUGAGCUGUGGGCCAGAGCUGGAGCUGGAGCUGAACUGUGCGGUAGUGUGGAAGCAAGGCUGGGGCUGACCUGCUGGAUCUGACUCAGCUCCUUUUUAAAUUCUUUUUCUUUUUUUCUCCCCAGAACUUCUUUUAAUUCUUUGCCUUGUGUGAGUGGUGGUGCUCAAAUGCUGAUAGAAUUGUUGAUGUUAACCCGAUAAAUGCUCCAUGUAGGUAAAACCAACAGCAAAACAACUUUCUGUGAGACUUGAAGCAAAAGCCCAUUCACCUACAACUAUAGCAUAAAAGGCCUGACCCAUAUGCUAUAGCAGUUUUCAUCUGUGAUGAUAAAAUACCUUGUCUGACCUCUACUCUGAUAACCACCAAUGACCUUGAUAGUGUGAAGAGGACAAAAUGAAGUCUUAUCACAGUUCUCAUUAAGAAAUUCAGAUUGGUUUGGCUUUUUUUUUCUUUUUAAUUUAUGUAUGUGUGUGGUUGUGUGGGAAAAUAUACAGCUUUUUUUGUAUCAUAUAGCAUCAAUCCUUGCACACUCUAUGCAAAAUUUUGUAAGCAUUGCAAUAAUGCUAUGAAUUACACAAGGAACUAUUUUAACUUUAUUACACUUUCUGUAUAAAAAAACAAAUUUGUAUUUAAAUGAUUUCAAUUGCAAUCUUGUAAAAUAUAUUAAUAAAAUAAUGAUUGUUAAGAAGGAAA